AUGUCCUUCACGGGCUCUGUAACCGAAAAUCUUUUAAAGUUCCUAGGCAUAUCCUCUCUACUUCUCUUGGCCUAUUUCUGUAGCCCUGUUGUGCUUCGUCAUCUGAUUGUGGAUUAUGAGGGGAAUCGUCUUCCUCCAGGACCGCCAGUCCGUUACGCGUUCCUUCGAAAGUAUGCUGAAAGGGCUCUUGACGCUUGGGCGAAACAAUACGGAUCAAUGUUCUCUAUCUGGAUGGGAAGUCAGCUAUUCGUCGUAAUAUCUGAUCCUGUUGUAGCAAAGGACCUUCUUGUCACAAACGGAGCGAUCUUCUCUAGUAGAAAAAAGUACUUUAUGAAGAACCAGAUAAUUCUUAAAGGUCGAGCCAUUACCGCGUCCGAAUACGGCAAUAAAUGGAGACAGCACCGUCGGCUUGCGGCACUGGCCCUAAACCCUAAAGCGAUGGAGGGAUACGCUUCCGUGAUGGAUUAUGAAUCGCAUAUUCUCAUCAAAUCCCUCUAUGACGAGAGUCAACAAGGCAAAUCCCCGGUCAACCCUGCUCAUUUUGCUGGAAGGUUUGCAUUGAACAACAUGCUCAUCAUGUCUUUUGGACUACGAACGACGUCUUCCUAUGACCCGCUUGUUGCAAAGGCCCUCGGUUUAGCCAUGGAGUUUAUGGAUCUCACUGGGCCAUGGUCCAAUUGUGUCGACUUUUUUGAGAUUCUCCAAUACCUUCCAUCACAAAAGCGUUCACGAGGUCAAAAGUUGCACGAUGAUCUCAUUAAAGUAUAUGGUGGUAUGAUCUUAAACUUCAAGUCCAGGAUGCUUUCAGGAGAGAAUGUUCCCGAUUGUUUGGUGAAGACGCUCUUGGAGACCCAGGAAUCCGAGAAACUCGAUUGGGAAGAUUUAUGCAUGCUUUCUGCCGUAUUCACAUUAGGAGGUGUUCAUUCCACAUCGGGAAUUAUUCAAUGGUUCCUGGCUUUGAUUCCAUCACACCGCGAGGUACUUGAGCGAGCACAGUUAGAACUGGACCAGGUGAUUGGUCGUGGACGAUGGCCGUGCCUCGAAGACGAAGCUAGCCUUCCAUUUACUAGAGCAAUCAUCAAAGAGGUCCAACGUGUGCACGCUCCAUUUUGGUUUGCUACGCCCCACUGCUCGUCACAAGAUUUCACAUACAAAGGAACCUUUAUACCGAAGAACACUGUUGUUCUUCUAAACUGCUUCACGCUACAUCACAAUGAGUCCAGAUAUCCCGAACCACUUAAAUUCAAUCCGGAGAGAUACAUCAACGAUAAGCUUUCGUGUAGUGAGUCUGCCAAGCUGGCCAACGUGAUGGAUCGGGAUCAUUGGGCGUUUGGUGCAGGACGGAGAAUAUGUCCAGGUCUACCUGCCGCAGAGCGAGAGCUUUGGUUGGCUAUAUCACGUUUAUUAUGGUCAUUCGACUUCAAUGCGCUUCCUGAUGAGCCAAUCUCUCUUGAAGAAUACGACGGAUUAUCUGGCCGUACUCCACUUCCAUAUAGACUUCGUCUUACUCCACGAUUCGAGGGAGUCGUGGACAUUAUUAACGCCGUAGAAGAGACAACCUUGUAG